AUGCCAGAUGUCUGCUCUCAUUACUCGAUAGGAUCAUCGACGCUGAACAGGGAGCGGAUAUUUUCAGCAGGACGCAUACGCUCGCUGAGCUUGAGCCGGUUUUAUGGUGAAGAUUUGGAAGAGAUUCGCGAGAUGGGCGCUCGGCAUUUCUCCUUGAAACAAGAAUACGGUCUUAGCACUGCCGAACUGGACAGAUUCCAGGAGAUAUUUGUUGAAGUGAUAUUGAAGCAGGAUGGAGUUCGACAGAGUAAAGAAGCCAGUCGCGCCUGGCGAAUCCUGAUCUGUGCUUUUGUGGACCUGUUCCGGGACGGUUUCGAGACACAGUUGCGUCAGUUCAGACGAAAACAGUCAUUUAAUGCGCACACACAAUACUUUGAGGAUAUCGAAAGGCAAGUUAUUGAUCAGUAUCUAUCAAAUCUUUCUAAACGUCUGCCAGGAAUCUUACCUUGCUCAUAA